AACUGCCGCGCCUCAACAUGGCGCCCGAGAGCCCGCCUUCCCGCCGGCGGAAGCGGGAGUGACGGCAGCGAGGGCGACGACAAGAUGGCGGCACCCAGCCUGCUGCGCGGGGCGUUCAGGCGGCUGUUCGCCGGGCUCUGGGGGAGCGGCUGGGUUUCACCACCGGCCAGAACCCUCCGGGAGGUCGUGGAAGUGACUGAAGGCAACACGACCAUAAUUGAAGGGAAAAUUAUAGAGGAUGCUGAAGCACCAACGCCUCCUAACCCCUCUGGCCAGUGUCCUAUCUGUCGCUGGAACCUGAAGCAUAAGUACGAUUAUGUGGAUGUCUUGCUGUUGAGCCAGUUUAUUCGUUCUGACGGAGGGAUGCUGCCACGAAGGAUCACAGGCCUCUGUUUGGAGGAGCACAAGAAGAUUGCUGCCUGUGUGCAGAUGGCACACCGUGCAGGUUUGCUGCCGAACCACAGGCCUCUACUUCCUGAAGGGCAUGUUCCCAGGAAACCCAAGUUGAACAGGUCUGAUGCUCUGCAGUGGAGACCUGAGGCAGGCCCUUGGAAAUGUCCCUGAGAUGCUGGCAGGCUGUGCACUGAGUAUUGGGGAGAAUCAAAUUGGAGGACUCUACAUUUGGUGCAGCCUUGUUUCCAUUAGAUACUUUGACUCUUUGUUCCUGUAUCUUAAAAGUCUUUGGGAUUCUUUAGUUGCUGCUUCUAUCCAGCAGCUGUGGGGUGGAGCACGUUAUCUAGUUAGCAUUCACAUAGCAACCCUGCAUAGCAGGUCGAGACAGGAAAUGAUAAAUCCUGUAUCUUGCUGGAAUCGCACCAGUACUCCAGGUCUAAUGCCUUGAAUUUUAUAAACUGUGUCUUAGAAUUUUAUGAGAAUAAAAGAUACUUCAAGAUAUGUUCUACAUGGAAGCAGGUGCCUCCACCUCUAAAAUUAAGAGAUUUUAAUUAGUGAUUAAUAUACACACCUUCCCUGUUGUAUUGCUAGUCCCUCCUUACACCGCAUGAUUUUUUUUCUUUCCAGCAAGAGAAUGUAACAAGCAGAUUGCAGGCGGUUGAGGAAAAGAACAAAGCUAUUGUUGAGGAGAUGAAACAGCAGUGAAAUAGGCAGUCUUUGGGGUCUGAAUGGAGACAAUGGAAGAGAUCAAGAAAUUUGAUUGGAAGCUUUGGUAGUGGAGCUGGAACUAAAGAAGUCCUGGAGCCAGGGCAGAGUGUAGGGGUACUUCAGGAGUGCAUCUGUGGCCCUUUACAACAUUAACUUCUCAGUCUACUGAAAGGGGAAAAUCUGUAUCUCCUUGGAAAUCUUAUCCAGUGUGCCUCUGUGAGUUUUAGCUAUGCCUGCCCCUUCCUAGACUUUCCACGUUGUUCUGUGGAACCGUAGCUGGCACUGGUUGAAGCAGGAGACAUUAAUUACUUCCUUCCUCUUGCCCUACAGGGGCAGGGUGGCCCUGCAAGGUUGGAAGGGUACCUGUGCAUGCUGUAGGCUUUCAACCAAUACUUACUUGAGGAAUGAAGACAGAGUUAUUCUUGUAAGUUUCCUUUGUAUAUGACUUGUCCAAGCUUACAUUCCCUUAACCAUUCUUAAAGUCUUUGUAAGGCCAUAGUAAGUGGGGACAAACUCAACAUGUGGUGACUCCAAAUGCAAGUGAGCCAGCAGGGGCAGAAUUGGGCUGGACCAUGUGUGUGAAGCAAGCUGCCAUGUUCAGUGCCAUGAGAACCUGAUCAGGUCAUCCUGCAAUCCUGUUUGUCAUAAUACCAGGACUGCCCACCUAACUGAGCCGGUCUCUUCACUGCAUUUGAGGCCUGCUGGGUUUUCAAGCACAGGUAGCCUAUCAUAGUAGGUGCUGUAUUGAACAACUAGGUGAUAUAAUUUCCAAAUCUUUGACAUUGAGCUUUUCUUGAGAUCCCUGUGUUGACUGCUGUAGUUGUCUUUAUUUCUGUUUAAAUGAGAAAUAACUGCUUUAUUUUGCACUGCUACUGUAGCCCUGGGAAUGCCAUUGGGGAGAAAAUGAGCGGUCAUGUAAUAUGCAGUUGUAUUAGAUUGCAUCUUGGGCUACUUGCUAAAGCUUUUCCAAGACUAGAAUACAGCUAAUGUACAUUCCUUAGCUCUAGUUUGACCAGCCCAUGUACUCUCCAACUCAGCCUGCAAUAAUGGCUUCUUUGUUCCACCAUCAGUGGGUCUGCUCUGUGUGUAGUGUUGAAAUAGACUCUUCUGCUCUCUAUCUUCUCUAGAAAGCCCUGACCACCCUUUUUACAAGGAUCAGGGAUGCUGCCCUGCAGUUGAUCUAUUGAUGUGAAGUUUGGAUUUCUUGCUUCUCUGGAAGGUGCUUUUCUGUGCACCAGCUUACAAGUAGAAUCACUGUUAUAUUUUCUGAAGUGGUUUUAUUGUCUCCAUUGUACAUAAUUCAGACAUUCUCUCUUACGUGCUGCAGAAUUGUCUGCAUAUUGGUAAGAAUUUACCUGUUUCGUACUGGGUCAUUUGACAGGCAGCUGACCCCAUUUCUUAACCUGUUUCUGGGAUGCAAGAGUAAGAGCAGAAUGCUUUUGGAAGCAGGGAUCUGCUGAUCCCAGCUUGUUCUUGGUUGUGCAGCUCUAGCACAGAGUGGAUGUGGUCACAUCCAUCAUCCAGGAUGUAAUGUAACAUAGAGAAGGAGAUGGGGAACUGCAGAAGAAGGUAUAACGUGAAAGUGGAAUGCCAGUUUGAGCCAUGCUCUGGCCAUCAUGGUGGUGGGUGAUGUGUGGAACAGGUUGGGGUCAGAAUUUAACUGAGGGGCACUCCACAGCUCUCUGUUGUACUCCCUACAUUUGGAACACUGUCCAGGUAAGACCCACUGUGGCAUUCUUCAUUUCUUGGAUUUAGUUCUUUCUUUUCACAUUCUGCCUGAUUUGUUUUUGAUGAUGAAAGCUCAUGAAUAUUAUUGCUUAACUGCUUUAUUUGCUGUGGGCUCUUUUUUAGGAAUAUGGCUGUCAGAGUUUUUGCAUCAUCCAUAAACUCUUCAGUCUGCUGUCCUCUUCCUCUCUUUCAUAACAUUUAUCUACAGAACUGGGGCAUGACACCAGUGAAGAUUACGCCUGUCAUUACAGAAUUAGUCCCUAUGGUUCAUUUAUUUGGCCCAGCCUGGGCCUUUCACUGUUUGCAAGGGUUGAUUCUACAAGCAAACUUGUAGCCAAGGCUUGUUCCCUCAGCCCCAGUCUGAGUUCUCCCUUUCAUAACUUCUGUUGUUACUUCUUAUUUUUGAGUCCAUUUGUGCUCCAGCCUGGCAUGUUCUAGUAAAGUGCUGCAGCAACAAAACAUUAUCACUAGCCCAUGAGGUGGAGGACAUUCUCAGGGAUUACACAAACACUUUGUGGAGUGACAGGCUGUUCACAGAUUCCAGGGUUGUAUGUGCAGGCCACCACACACCAAAACCAUUUGGGAAGCUGUCAAGUACAGCUCCAGGCCACACUUCUGUACUUGCUUUCCAGGAGUGGAAACCUGAACAAGUCAGCAGUUUUGUUUACAGCAUGAAGUUUGCUGCAUGGAUAUUGUGGAUUAACUAUCCAGAACAGACACCAAGUUCAGGCCAUCAUCUAGAUGUUUUCUUAACGUUAAUAUACCACUCUUUUUCUUCUGGUAGGCCCCUAUUGUUGGUUAAAGUACAAUAAUGAGAAGUUGUUCCCUCUUCCAAAGGACUGAAGGAUGUCACAUGUUCCCUGAGUCAUCCAUACUCUUGUCAACAAGAGUAUGCUGUACAUGUGGAGUAUGUGAUUUUAAGUUCUCAGUUACUAUUCCAUUUUCAGCUUCGUACUGGAAGAACAGAAAUUGGCACAGCUAAUAUCCAGGUCAGUCCUUCCUCCGCAUGAACUGGAGAAUUUGCUAUGUGUCAGGGAAGAAGCAGGUUCCAUAUGAAUUCCUCAUGAAUUAUAAAGUUCUCAGGCUCUGCAGACACCUCUCAUCCCUCAGAGCAGAAUCUGAUUUCACUGCUAUCAGUGUUUCAUUCCAGCAGCUUGUGGUUUCUCUCAUCUGUAUGAAAACUGUGUGUGCAUAGCAUGUGAAUUCAAAAGAGCAAAGAGCUGGAGUGGCUGCAGGUGAGCAAAACCAAGAAGUGUCAAGGGAAGGGAUGUGGCAGGGAGGAAGCAGUCUUGCCAGCACUUUGAUAGAAUGCUUCCUGCACAGUCUGUAGCCCACUGCCUUCUGUUCUUAAUCCAAACAAGAGAUGGACUGAAAAAGUUCAAUGAGGGUUCAGAAGUUCAGCCUUGAACCGCACCAGCAUACUUGGGCUGAACACGGAGCUGCAGUCUCCCAUGUGUAGAUAAUUUCUCUUACCCAGCACAUAGAAUUUCUGUGCUUAUUUCAAGGUGUUAAGCAGCAGCCUCUAGGUGGGUAGGGUUUGGGGCCUUCCUGCUCAUGGAAUACAAUCCAUGGAAACUGAUUUCUAUGUACCACAGAUAUUUUAGGUGACUGCAGUGAUUGUAGCUGACUAAUUACAGCUUUUUCCAUGCAUUUUAGUAUUGCCAUUUCCACUCAUAGGAAUGUGACCAAGAUUUCCGUCUUGCUUUGUCCAAACUAGUCACUUAUGUAUCUGGAUUCUAGGGAUUUUGGUUGUUCUCUGGGAUCCCACCACACUCAAGGUGGCAGAGCUCUAGGGUUGGUUGCUGCUCUCUGAGGUUGCAUUUCUUUCCUCCUUUGUCCAGAAUGAGAGCUCUGCAUACUGAGAUAACAGGUUAGGAGACUGGACACUAGCUGCAUCUGGCAUCCACACAGAGACUGUCCUGACAACCCUCAGCUGAUUGAGCAAAUUUAGACUAUCUGGCAGUGUAUGUCUGUAGGUUAUUGUAAAAGCUCCCCAAGACAAACCAGGUGGCUCGCUGCAAUGGAAAGUUGGGUGAUUUGGCUAGAAAAGGGUGCAUGAUUUCUUGAAACACUAGAUUACAUGCACAGUAGAGUUCACAGGAAAGUCCUGUGUGCUGGGCUUUGGAGCUCUCACAUACGAGUUUUGUGGAUUCUUUUUACUCUUGGGGACAAAAAAGAAAUCUAUUCUGUGAAACAGUAGGAACUGGGGUUAGUAAAAGAGGAAAAGAAACUUUGUAGACUGAGUGCUCACAGGCAUCAGGCUUUUGAUAUUGCUGAAUCAAGGUUUAAAAAAAUAAAAAUAAUUUAAAAAAAGCAGCAAGCAAAAUAGGACACGUUUGAGUUUGGGACAAAACAAGUAUUAAAAGUGCUAAAAGCAAAUGUGCUCCAGGAAGGGAAAGCGUCCAAAUGUCUGUUUCAGCUAACAAUGAAAAGCCCCAGCCUGCAGUCCCCAAAGGAAGCUAAAAGCCUGGACCAGAGGGCUGGAUUAGACCUGCUCAAAGGAGAAAUAACAAAAGCUUUAAAAUCAGGCCAUUACUAAAUCCUCCUUCCUAUGCAGAAUUGGGGUGUGCACUUCCAGCCCCCACACAGAAACAGAGGGAUUUCUUAAAAAGCCACUGUCUGUCUAAACCUGCAUACAGCAUUGAUGUGUAUCUCGCAUUCACACAUUUGCUUCUCUCUCAGUGAGAACAUUUAUUACCACAGGACCACUUUCCUGUAAACAUGCAAACACGUGACCAGAACUGCACUUGGCAUAUUGUUGCAUUAAAACAAUUUCAGAUUUUUUUUUUUCUUCCUUUGUUGUAACUGCAGUCUUGUGAUACUAAAACUUGUGCUACAGACUUCCCUUCACAGGGAAGUGUGAGAAGAUGCAGCCCCAUGUGCCUGUCAAAUAACUCUACUCCUUCUUCCAAAAAAAGCUGCCUUACGUUGGCUCUUUCCCAAGUAGGGACCUGUGUUUGGUCUCUCUGAACUCCCCUUACGUGUGGAGUGAGAGAUAAGAGUCUCUUUGACUUCCUGUCCUCACAUUGUUACAUAAGGGAUUCCACUAAUGCAGCAGCAUAACAUUAAAAUUCAAAAGGGGCUAAUAUAAUGCAUUUAUGUGAGAAAAACUGACUGAACUUUGUUCCACACCAUCUUUUGAAUCCCUCCUGCCAUCCUAACUAUCACAAACUCCUGAAAGUAAAAGCUUUCUAGUUUGAAAGUGGUUUCAUUUCAGUGGCAGGAACCUCUAAAUGUGAUCCAUUUUUUCAGUCUGUAUUGUUCAGGAUCGCUGGGGAAGAAAAGUACUAGGAAAAUGUGUUGCUGUUACAUAGUAUGUAGCUGCCUGGCAUAGCAAGCUUUCUUUGUAGCUCCUGGGAAUCUGCCACAUGCCUUCAAAUAAAUGCAUUACAUGGUCUCUGUCCAAAGUUCUUAAUAUCUCAAAUUUGCAUGAUGCAAAUGAAAGGUAACAAAGCUGUUUGGGGAGAGGAUGACUGAUUGAGGUUACAUUAAGACCAUGGGAUUACUCAACAUAGGCAUGCAAACAUUGCUGGACAAAGUUUAUCAGACUGUUCCAAAUUCUAAUUUGUUGGAGCAUUGUUUGUGCAGAUUAUGCUGGGGUUUUACUUCGGAUCUUUAUUGUCUGAAAAGACUCUUCUUUCUCUAAGGACCUCUGUUCCCUCUCUACUGGUAGCAAAAGAUUUAAAGCCUAACAAAACUCCAGGCCACCCAGCCGCAGGGUAAGAUUUCCAGUAACCGAUUCUGAAUCUGAAAUCCCCUGCCAGUUUGCAAAGCCAAGUCUAAAACUUGAAAUGGUAAAAAAGCAGAGGAUAUUUGCCAGACAUUACUCCGGACAGAGAUUUGCAGUUGCGAAAAUUCAAUUAUAGUACC